UGCAGUUUGCUUCUAUAGUUAAAGCGCAGGCGAACUCUUAUCUCGGGUACUUCUUCCCAUUCCUGAUAUACGUACAUAUAUGGAGGGUCCUGAAGUACCUUCCUUCUUCGUCUGCCCAAUCUCUUUGCAGCUCAUGAAAGAUCCGGUCACCAUCUCCACAGGUAUGACGUAUGAUAGAGAGAGCAUCCACAGAUGGUUCUUCUAUUACAACAACAAUACCUGUCCCGUCACCAAGCAGCUCCUCACCGAUCAAAGCCUUACCCCAAACUCUACCCUCCUCCGCUUGAUCGAAUCAUGGUGCCACAAGAAUCAGUACUCAGUGUCCUCUACCACGACUGAGUCUCCGAACCUUGCACCUGAUAUUUCAACCCUUCUCAGCCAACUCGUCGAAGAGGUAAGAAAUCCUGAAUUGCAGAUAAAAUCUCUUGGAAAGAUCAAAUCACUAAUUCAAGGGAGCGAUGGCAACAGGGUGUCCAUGGAAGAUGCCGGUUUCGCUUUAGUGGUCGCAUCUCUCAUCGUCACGCAAACCAACCCACAGCCAGAAGGAAGAACCAUUUCAGAAUUAGGUGAGAACAAAUCGGUCGUCGUUGAGGAAGCAGUAACUGUUUUAUACCUCCUUAAGCCAACUACGGAGACGUUGAAGAAGAUAUCUCAGGACAGGAAUGGCCAACUGAUAGGAUCUCUUUCCUUGAUGAUACAACAAGGGAGUUACAGAGCAAGAAGUCAGGCUGCCCUUCUCCUCAAAAACAUCUUUAGAGUGGUAGAUGACAUCUACAAGGCUAAACUGAAGACAGGACUCUUUGAAGGAAUCGUCGAAAUACUCAAGGACCAGAUCUCGAACCGGGCGAGCAAGGCAGUGCUAUCGAUCCUGAUGGAAGUGAUGCCAUUUGUGAGGAACAGGGUCAAGGCCGUGGAGGCUGGAAUAGUGGGCGUGCUCGUAGAAUUGCUUGCGGAGAGCAACGAGAAGCGAAGCUGCGAGAUCAUGUUGGGAGUAGUAGAACAGCUGUGUGGGAGGGCGGAGGGACGGUCGGCUUUCUUGGCUCACCCGGCAAGCGUGGCCGCGGUGUCGACGAAGAUCUUGAGGGUUUCACAUGUAGCAAAUGAUAAAGCUGUGGCGGUGUUAUUGUUGGUGUGUAGGUUUUGUAAUAAGGGUGGUGUGGUUGGUAAGGAGUUGAUGGAGGUGGGUGCUAUUGCCAAGCUAUGCAUGUUGGUGGUGCAGGUGGAGUGCAGUGUGAGGACGAAAGAUAAGGCCAAAGAGAUUUUAGGGUUCCAUCUCAAGGCAUGGAGCAAGUCACCUUGCUUCCCUUCCUACUUGAAAUGUUUUUGA